CGGCGCUCUGCUUGAGCCGCUCUUCAGCCACGCUCCCUGGCUGAGGGGAGCGGCGGGGCCGGGGCCUGGGAUGGCGGGGCUGGGCCCCCGAGACUGAACCCGUCGCCGGGGCGGCAGGGCCGGGCGGGCCGGGCCCGCGGCGGAAGGAAGGCAGGAUGUCUGUGAUGAGAUUAUCCGUGUCUGACAACAUCACACAUUCGACUGCCCUGGUGACAGCAGUGGAUAAUGUGACGACUUUGACCCCGACAACAACGCAGGCAAUCAACGACACCAACAUCACUGUGCCACACAAGUGCCUGUUGUUGCUCUAUGAGGACAUUGGGAAAUCCAGAGUCCGCUACUGGGAUCUUCUGCUCCUGGUUCCCAAUGUGCUUUUCUUUAUGUUUCUUCUUUGGAAGCUGCCCUCUGCCAGGGCCAAAAUCCGGGUCACUUCCAGCCCAAUCUUCACUACAUUCUACAUACUAGUAUUUGUGGUGGCUUUAGUUGGUAUUGCCCGUGCUGUUGUCUCCAUGACUGUGAGUGCCUCUGAUGCUGCCACAGUCGCUGAUAAGAUCCUGUGGGAGAUCACGAGGUUCUUCCUUCUGGCGAUUGAGCUGAGUGUGGUGAUUCUAGGCCUUGCCUUUGGUCACCUGGAGAGCAAGUCGAGUGUGAAACGUGUUCUAGCAAUCACUACAGUGCUGUCUCUGGCAUAUUCUGUCACCCAGGGCACCCUGGAAAUCCUGUACCCGGAUGCCCACCUCUCAGCAGAAGACUUCAACAUCUAUGGCCAUGGGGGGAGACACUUUUGGCUUGCCAGCUCCUGUUUUUUCUUUCUGGUCUAUUCGUUGGUGGUGAUUCUUCCAAAAACUCCUCUGAAAGACCGGAUUUCACUGCCCUCCAGGAAGAGUUUUUAUGUUUAUGCUGGAAUCCUGGCGCUGCUGAACCUGGUGCAAGGCCUGGGUAGUGCCCUUCUCUGUGUGGACAUCAUAGAAGGACUGUGCUGUGUUGAUGCUACCACGUUCCUUUACUUCAGCUUCUUUGCACCUCUCAUCUAUGUGGCAUUCCUGAAAGGCUUCUUUGGGUCUGAACCGAAGAUCCUUUUCUCCUACAAAUGUCAGGUGGAUGAACCUGAGGAUGUGGAUGUGCACCUGCCUCACCCUUAUGCUGUUGCCAAGAAGGAAGGAAUGGAUUCUGGGUUCUACUCGAGCACUCAGAUUGACACCACAGCCUACCUGGAUGACGUGGCCUCUAUGCCGUAUCACGUGGGCAGCAUCAACAGCGUAGACAGUGAUCGCUGGAAAGCCAUCAAUGCCUAAGGCAGGGCUUCACACAAUGCCUCAUUCUUUUCUUUCCAAGCUCCCUGAUGCCACAGCUGUUAGGAUAUCCAUUGGAAAUCUGUCCUUGGCUAUCUGCCAUGGCUUUCCUCUCUUCCUUAGGAUUUCCGAAACCUAUUGUGGAACUAAGUUUGCAGCCCAAAUCCUCUUGGAAAGAACGUUUUCUGUUGCUACCUGAGAAUGAUGUAGAAAAGUUUUGUUCAUAAACCUAUAAACACUGAACCUUCCUGAUCCUCCAUGUUCCAGAUGUGAAUAUGACCCAGAAGACAGGCCUGACUUGAACCUCUUCCUUUUCAAUGACUGAAAGCACUUGUCUGCCACUUAGGGGAAUGAUCUUUAGGGAUGAGUGUGUUGAUUUGACUGCUGUAUUGUACAUAUAUAGAAAGAGUUUGGUGUUUGAAACCAAAGAUGGUCUUCCUGGGCUUUUGCAAGCAGUGUGGUUGCCUGGGUCUUGUCAUAAUGCAACAGCACAGGUGGUGAUAGCAGUGUCUGAAGAGGGAAGCUGGUCAGCUGGGCUCAUCUCUAGUUUCAGCUAAUACUGAUGAAGAUAAUGAACUGCAGUUGCUAGGGGUUAAUUGAGUGUUCUGAGUGUGUGGGAAUGAGAAGAGAGGUGUGAAGAGGAAUGAACUGUUCUUUGUGCCCUGGGAGUAUUUUGGGGGGCUAGUAGCCAGCAGCAUGGAUGUCAUCUGACUGAACAGUAGUGAGACAGGAGGACAGACAGUGCUGCUGUGUAGCUGAUCUGAAGUAGCUGUGAAACGGUCUAUGGAGGCUGCACUACUGUGCAUCUGAGCUUGCAGGAAAAUCUAGGGAACAACACUGAAUCAGGGCUGAGUUUCAAGAAUAGAAGCUGUGAGGUAGGUGCAUUUUCCAUCUGCACCCUGUUUCAUGGCUCUGGCAAGGUCUUGGAGAGUGCUGUGAAGGAGGAACUUGACUCUGCAGAUGAAGGCUCCAGCAAUGUUCAGGUGCUUGAGGCAGAGCAGAAGUGCAUGGUGAGUCCAGGCUGUCAGCAUUUAGUGACUGGAGACUCUCAAACACCAUAGGUGUGCUGGGAUCAAGCUGGCUGGUGCUCCAAGUUGGGAGGCAAGUGGGAGAUAGAUAUGUUUCUCUGGCAGUGUCCUCUUACGUUGCAGUUCAGAUCCCCAGACUUCUACUGGUCUGAAUAGGUUUUAUGGCUCAAUAUGUUGAAAAUACUUAUGUGCAUGUGGAGCGUGGUUCACUUAAAGACUAUCUGGAACUUCUUAUUAACCUCUUCCAUGCUGGAAAAGGGACUACUGUUGUCUGAGCUGUCUGGCACACAGUUUCAAGACCUCGUGUUCCAGUCCAGGGACUGUUCAGCUGAAAGCUGCGUCAGACUGGUUUCUGGGACAUACUGUACUCUCCAAGGAUGAAGAGGUGUAUUCCUCUAGCUUUGGGGGUGCUUUCCUACCUGAGUCCUCCAGGUAGGUGGAGAUCUGCUAUAAGCAAUAGCAACUUUCCAUUAGAGAUGGUAGAAGAGGGCAUUUGAAAUGUUUGGGGACUGUAUGAAUCCCUUGCCCCAGCUCACUGCUGUUCCUGAAGAAUAUUGAGGCAAGAGUUUCUGGGAGAUGAGCAUGCAGGGUGUGGUGUGGAGGUGUUAGUUUGGAUCAUCAGCAGGGAGGGGAAAGCAUUUGCUACCGGGUGUUCCCACCAUUGGGGAAGUUUGGGUAAGAACACAAAGUUCAUAUUGGUUGCCAAAACUAUGCAGGCCCUUUGCUUAUCUUUUUGUUGUGUUAAUGAACAAUGCAGCCUCUCUCUUCUGCCUGUGGACUUUGCCCUGCAGGCCCCUAAGUAGCACUGGCACCUUGAAAAUACACCACCCCCCACCCCCCCUUUUUUUUUUUUUUAAAUUUACUUUUGAGAAAAAAGGCUUCCAUUUGUCCACAUGCGAGAGCUGAAUUGUCUUGGUCAACAAGACAAUGUCUGGGUCAACAGCCUUUCACAUUUCCCUUCCAUGCAAUGGCUGGACAAGUAACUGGGCAACUCAGCCCUUGCAACAUGAGAUAAGUGUUCCAUGCUCCUCCUGUCACUUGCUGUGAACUGCCCUGAGCCAUGCUCGCUUGCUUACUUUGAAAGGGAUGGACAAUGUGGCACCCAAAUUGCCCUGCUGUGGCUCCUCUUGCUCCCGAGCUGCCACUAGAAAUAUGGGGAAAACUGCAAAGCUUCCCUGGAGUUGGUGGGCCUUGGACAGAACCAAGAGAUAUGAAGGUCUUUAAAGCAGUUGAGAAAUAAAGGGGCUGCUGCUUUUCCGUCCCAAGGAGUAUUUGCUGAAGGAUCACCUGUGCAGGUGGUCAACAUGUCCAUCCUGUCCUUUGGUGGCAGGACUCCAGUAAUUCUGGAGCGUCCCACGUUCUGCUGCUGAGGAGCUUCUGCGCUAGGUCAUGGACUGACCUUCCUCCUGUUGUAUUUUUCUGUAUAUAUAGUGCUUUGGGCCAUAUUCCCAAAGGUCCUUGAGCAGAAGUGUGUUAUGUGUGUGAGUGGGAUGCAAAGAGAGAAAAUAUAGAAUAAAUGUAUAUUUUUGUUUGUAAAAUAAAGAAAUAAAAUUAAGUUUGGCAUAAA